AUGGCGACAGAACGAACCCUUGUCCAGAUCGCGAAGGCCAGCCAUGGGGCGCGGGCACGCAUUACUGGCGGGACUCCAGAAGACCUCCAUUUGCAGCUAAACCCCCCCGGUGAAGGACGCAGGGCAAUUGCCCCAUCCAAACUGCGGCACGUACAGGCGGGCCUGUCGCCAUUCGCUGGCGCUGCGUGGGGCGGGGAUGGGAGCUGGAAAUUGGCGAUCCGCGGGCCCGCUGAAACGAGCAAACACGACUCAGUCCAUCCUGACCGAGCAUCGAGGGGGUUAAAACUGGAGAUCACAGGGGUGGCGAAAGGGGGGUUACGUGCUGGCAUGAAGUUACUGCCAUUAUUAAAAUGGUACAUAGCCCACCAUGCCCACGAAGCUUUGUUUGAGCCUGGGCAAGGGUCUCACGGAAGUGGAAUGGCGGCGCUCCUGUUUACCCACCACCUAACCCCGAAAAGGCAGGACGCUACCAAGUCAUCCCUGCCUCUCUGCCGCGUAGGUACACCGCAACAGUUGGGUCCACCUCUCUUGAUUCAAGCAACGGUCCAGGUGUGCCUGAGUCAGGUCGGGCCAGUGUCGCAUCGUGGGAGCAGCUGGAAAGGUACCGAGAGAAAUCCAUUUCCCGGCGCGGAAACGGAACGUGCACUUUCUCGGUCGGCUGCCGUACCGAAAGAGCCUAGAAGCCUCCGAAGUGAGGCCCACAGACUCCACAUGGCGCCUGACUCGCGCCGUUUCAUUCCCGCAAUUGAUAUUCAGGCACGUGCCAGGUCGCUGACCAAUCUAGUCGGACAGAUCGGGGUGGAGCUCAAGCCCACCGCUUCCAGAACUCUCAGGUCGCUCUUCCGUACCGCCUUCCAGUCCGGGGUGUGCCGGUCCGACCUCGUCCGCCACGUGCCCGAGCCUGCGCAAGCUGCCGGGCACCGCCGGGUCUUUGGGGGGCCGUUUAAUUUGGGAUUUGGAAGGUGGAAAGUGUUACCGUUUGGAUCCAGCCGGUUUGCGCGUGCCAGCCGGAGGGUGGAGUACGUGACUGCCGUUGCGCCGCCCGCCCGCUACGGCGGCGCGCACGGGCCUACCGUGAUCGGGUCCUUCACCCAGGCCGCCUGCUCCACCUCUUUCAGGUACAUUCCUUUCUGCCUCGUGAACAACGUCUGGCUUCUUACUCCCUGCGAUGAGCGGUCGCCGCAAACCACUGGAUAG